AUGGCGGCCUUGGCCAAGGAAGACUUGCCAGUCGGCAAGGAUCAACCCUAUUUGAAUGGCUCGGCAAAGGAGCCGCCUGUCAGCCUCCAGGCGAACAAUGGCUUACUAAGUGAAGAUAAACCCAAACAUUCAUACGAUUUGCCACCGUUGUCACUCAUUGACAGAUCCAUUGAUGAACCAAGGCCGCUACGGGUUGCCGUCAUCGGCGGCGGCUUGGCUGGCAUCCUCGCGGGUGUUCUACUGCCGGCAAAGGUGCCAGGGAUUGAUUUGACAAUAAUCGAGAAGAACAGAAAUUUUGGAGGGACCUGGUUAGAAAACAUCUACCCUGGCGUUCGGUGUGACAUCCCAUCUCAUGUUUAUCAGUCCACCUUUGCUCCAAAAAUGGACUGGUCGGACAAGUUUGCACCAGGAGAAGAAAUCAAAGAUUAUUGGCAAUCUGUGGCCAAAAAGUAUGAUGUGUAUAGAUAUGCCAAAUUUGGUCACCGGGUUGAAGCGGCGACCUGGAAUGCAGCUGCGGGAAAAUGGUCUCUCAAUAUGACUAACCUGCACACUGCAUGUCGGAUAACACAAGAAUAUGAUAUUGUUAUUACAGCGGUGGGAAGAUUCAAUGACUGGAAGCUACCGGAAUACCCCGGCCUCUCAGAUUACGAAGGUCACUUGCGACAUGCGUCAAAUUGGGAUGCUUCAUUUGACCCUACCGGGAAAACGGUGGCAGUGAUCGGAAAUGGAGCCAGUGGCAUACAAAUUGUCGCGAAUCUGCAAAAGACGGUAGCUAAGCUUGACCAUUAUGCCAGAAGCAAAACAUGGGUUGCAACGAGUUGGGCUGGCGACGAAAGAACCUUGGAAGCGCAACCAAUAUCCCAAGAGGAGCAGGAUCAGUGCAGAGACGAGGAAGCGUAUCUGAAUUUUCGGAAAAAGCUCGAGGACAAGUACUGGCGAGGAUUUGACUCUUUCUUUCGUGGCACUACAGAAAACUUGGAGCUGGCAGCGAGCCUCACCAAGGUGAUGGAACGGCGGCUCGUUGACAAACCAGAGCUGGUCAAUCGAUUGGUACCAGACUUCUCACCCAACUGCCGUCGACUUACGCCCGGGCCUGGUUACUUGGAAGCUAUUACUCAGAAUAAUGUGGAAUACAUUCAGACGGCAAUUCGACGGUUUACCAGAGCCGGCAUAGAGACGCAGGAUGGAAAGCAUCGAGCAGUUGACGCAGUUAUUUGUGCCACAGGUUCUCGGUCUGAUCUUCUUCCCCCGUUCCAAAUUACCGCUCACAACAAAACAUUAAAUGAUUUAUGGAAAGUAGACGGCUACUAUGGCUUUCCUUAUACUUAUUUUGGAGUAGCUUCACCCGGGUUUCCCAAUUUGUUGUUUCUACAUGGCCCGCACGGCACAGGGCCAUCGGGAACCGUGCCGCACGCUGUAGAAACACAGCUUACUUAUUUCGCAAAGAUUCUGCGUAAAGUGUCUAGAGAAGGUAUCAAGUCCAUCGAUGCAUCAAAAGAAGCAGCAGAUGACUUCAUUCAAUAUUGCGAUGCAUUUUUUGCUUCCACUGUUCUUUCAGAUGGUUGCAGUUCAUGGUACAAUGGCGGGCAACCCAGUGGCCGAAUACACGGAGUUUGGCCAGGUAGUGCGGCGCACCUGAGUAUCGUCAGACGGGAACCGAGAUGGGAAGACUUCAAGUAUGAGUACUUUGGAACUACAGCUAAUAGGUUUAUGUGGUAUUUCGGAAAUGGGAAAACUAGUAAGGAGUUGGACUUGGCGUCAGACAUGACAAGCUAUCUCAGGCAACCCGAUGCGGUAGAUUUGAAGCACUUGCACGAAAGCUGGUGGGAUUUGCCUUGA